AAAAAUACGUCGCGCACCGACGUACGGGUUGUACCGGGGACGAUCAGGGGCCAACAGAUUUGAGCGCGUACCGCGGAAAAACUGUGCGAAAAUCGUACCCAGAUCGAGAUUCUUUAAUCCAGAUUACGCGGUUUUGGCUUAGGACAGUUUUUCGGAUGCAAACAACAAAAUGUCACUUUGGAUACGUAUGGUUUAAGUGCUUUUCUACUUGCUCAGACAAGAUACCAUUUCUACAGGGUUCCACAACCACUCCAACUACAAGAUGUUAACUAAAUCUUCUUCUAUUCGACGCUUUUGAGCGAAUAACAGCCUUCGACAGCCUGUAACAUGUCCACGACCAUGUGGAGACAUCUCCAGCUGUUAUUCCUGUUGUUUUACGCGCUGGUAAACCCCGGUUCCUGUCAGGACGUCCUGCAGGACAAUGCCACUACCUCCUUAGAUUUAGAUAAUGUCAAACGUCCAUCGGAUAGCAAUACUCGUAUUCGGUUAACUGAUGAAGUUGAUCGAUUCUUUAGGUUUAAAAAGGGAGGCGGAAGAAGCAUUGCUGAUUUAGCAGCCAGACUGAAGAAGGAGAAAGAAAUGGAGAAACAGUCGAAUUUGAUGACGGCUGAUGAAGCAAGCAGAACCAACCUAUCUAGGAGAAACUAUUCGGAUAUUAGCGAUUACAAUUCAGAACAAGAUUACAAUAAGGACAACAAUCCGUUCAAGGAGCUGUGGGUCCAGUUCUCCAACGACAAACACUACGUCUCCGAGUACAAUUGUAAUUUUGACAACGACUGCAAAUGGACGUGGAGGAAAGAUAUAGCCAAUGGAUUCUUUAUAACGUCCGGUGGCAAGAUGAAAGAUGGCGAUAUCGGGCCUAGGCAAGAUGCCAACGCUAGGCAAUUCGGGAGCUACUUAAUUCUUCGCUUACCACUGAAAUCGACUGAAUUCCACGUAACUAGUCCAUUGAUAGGACCAACAACUUCGUCUUGCAAACUGAAUUUGUUCGUGUACCAAGAAAACAUGCAAGGUGGUGAAAUAAGAAUCGUAGGUGAUAAAACAACGGAUACCACGAAGAAUUCACUGAACAAUCACACUCAGUGGUUGGUGAAUAUCAUUCACGGUAACGAUUUGAGGAAGUGGCAGAAAUAUGAUUUGUCUAUAGGGAAGAUCACUACGAAUUUCACCAUUCUUUUGGAGGUGGUUCCUGCCGAAAAUAUGACGCCCGGUGCCACCGUGGCAUUUGAUAAUCUUCAGUUGUACGGGUGCUUUGCGAAAAGUGACGAUAGCUGUUCUUCGCACCAGUAUAAGUGUAAAGGAGCUAAGGAGUGUAUAAACGCAACUAGUGUUUGCGAUUUUAAUGUGGACUGCCCUUUAGGAGACGACGAAAAACAAAAUUGCCACUUAAUGCCUUAUGGAUCCCGAUGUACUUUCGAGGAGGAUUGGUGCGGCUGGACCAACGCCGACACUAACAUCCUGAAAUGGACCAGGCAUAACGGAUCCACGCCGAAGAACUUCACCGGUCCCAAUUUCGACCACACCUACAUGAAUUCCACGGGGAACUACUUGUACGUGGACAUGUUAAAGGAACAGUUCGCUAGUCAGGCAGUGUUGAAAAGUGUGGUGUUCAAUCCACCGCCCAAUGUGCACGGGAAUUCGUCGUCGAAGUAUUUCAACACUUGUGCCAUACGGUUUUAUUUGCACAAAACUGGCAAACAUAAAAGCGGUAUUCUUCUGCAAGUUAAUGAAAUUACGCCCACUGACAACAAAACUACGAAAAUUUACUGGAGUUACAUGGAGGAUCAUGGAGACCAAUGGAUUAGACAAGUGUUUAUACUUCCCAACAUCACUCACAGAUAUUUUAUGCAUUUUGAGGCGAAGAAAGGUUACAGAUACCUGAGCGAUUUGGCCGUGGACGACAUAUCUCUAAGUCCGGAAUGUUUCGGAAUUAAUAUACCUGAGGAGGAGUUACAGGGCUACAAUUACUGGAAUCCGAAAUUAGAUGUAACUCCAGUCAAGGAGACUGUGGACGAUUUCAAGAACAAAACAUAUUACAAAAUUACAACGUGUAAUGCGAAGGGUAGGUACGGCCCAAGCCAUUCCAACUGUAGCAGAACUUACGCCAGUUCCAUCACAAAUGUCACGGUACUACACGAUGCUGGCGUUAGUGGGGUGCAAAAAUGGAUUGUACCCAGGGAGGGUUACUAUACCUUUAUCCUGGCUGGUGCUGGUGGUGGUAAAGGUAGUAUGGGUAUGGGUUCAUCAAGAGGUGCACUGGUACGAACAGUACUGGAGUUGAAGAGGGGCCAGGAGAUAUUUAUGCUGGUAGGACAGGAAGGAACCAGCGCUUGUAUAAAGAUUCUUGGUCAAACAAGUAACUGUUCCACGAUACAAACUGCCAAAGUACCCAACAAAGUACGAGAUAUACUUUCGUACGACAUUAACGAUACUGGAGGAGGAGGCGGAGGUGGUACUUUUGUUUUUAUGAGAAAUCGAACCAAAGACCGAAUACCCAUCGCUGUAGCUGCGGGUGGAGGUGGAUUGGGUUUGAGUAGAUUUAUUGAUGAUAAUGGACAUCAUGGGCAAGAAAUACAGCUUUCUGUGAGGCCUUAUACUGGAAAAAUGUCAGAACUGAAAUCUGCUGGAUCGGGUGGUGGGUGGAUGAUGUAUCCAGGUCUGGUUAACUCAAUUCACCAAGCAGCUAUGGGAGGUUCAUUGCUCAUGGGAGGCAUUGGAGGAAAAGCUUGUUACAAUUCCACUGAUGGUCGAGGAGAUGGAGGAUUUGGAGGUGGAGGAGGAGGUUGUAAAAAUGGAGGAGGUGGUGGUGGCUAUGCUGGUGGUAAUGCCAACUCUACCAAUGGCGACGGUGGAAUAUCCUUCGUGAACCCCUACAGGACGGAGCAAGGACUGUCUACGUCAUACGUAGGCCACAACGUAGGCUCGGGAUACGUUGUAAUCAUCCCGGGAAUAGAAGGCUGCGAUUGCGACUACCAAUGUUUAGCACUGGACGAAAAACGAUCGGAAGUAACCUGCGUCUGUCCUAAAACGUGGAGACUAGCAGAAAAUAAGAAAUCUUGCAUACCGAUACAAAUCCAAAUGGAAUCACAGUACCCACCAUGGUUCGUCGUUGUUCUCAUUGUAACAGUUUUUUGCCUCACCGUAGCCUUUGCCGUGGUCUGCUUCGUGCUAUUAUUUUCAGAUAACAGGUACCAGCAACAAGUUUCCGGCUUGUUACGAAGAAAAGGCUGUCCCGUUCCUGACCUGCAACUCAGCAGGCUCAGACAAGCCUCUGGAAGCAUGACAGCUCAAUAUAACCCUACUUAUGAGUUUGGCGGUGUCAUUACUACAAUUACUGAUCUUCAGCAUAUACCGAGAGAUCAAUUACGUUUAGUAAAGGCUCUUGGUCAGGGUGCUUUUGGUGAAGUCUACCAAGGCUUCUACCGUCAAAGACCGGGAGAUACCGUUGAAAUGCCUGUAGCUGUCAAAACCCUGCAGGAAAUGACAACUAAGCCAGCAGAAGACGAUUUCAUCACCGAGGCACUGAUAAUGUCCAAGUUCGAUCAUCCCAACAUAGUUCAUUUCAUUGGUGUAUGUUUUGACAAGCAUCCUAAGUUUAUUAUACUGGAACUUCUUACCGGGGGAGAUCUCAAGAACUUUUUGAGGGAAUCCAGGCCUAAACCAGAUCGACCUAGUCCGAUAACAAUGAAAGAUCUGUUGCUUAUAGCGAUAGAUGUCGCUAGAGGAUGUAGUUACCUAGAAGAAAAACGCUUUAUUCAUAGAGACAUAGCCGCUAGGAACUGUCUGUUAACCACCAAAGGUCCUGGGCGUGUUACCAAGAUAGCUGACUUUGGAAUGUCUAGAGAUAUCUAUAGAGCGGAUUACUAUAGAAAGGACGGUAAAGCCAUGCUUCCAGUGAAAUGGAUGCCUCCAGAAGCAUUUCUGGAAGGUAUUUUCAGUUCCAAGACAGAUGUUUGGUCUUUCGGUAUCCUCCUUUGGGAAAUAAUGAAAAUGGGCUUUAUGCCAUACACUGGAUGCACUAACAGGGAGGUUAUGGACCUAGUUAUUCAGGGAGGUCGUUUAGAUAGACCAGAAAAUUGCCCAGGUCCAAUAUACGGUAUAAUGGCGUCCUGUUGGCACCCCCAACCGGAAGACAGGCCUAGUUUUUCCACGAUAAUGGAGAGGUUAGGAUACUGUGCUCAAGAUCCUGAUGUGAUCAACGCACCGUUGCCUAUGUUCUACAGGGCGGUGUCCAGUGAAAGAGACACUACAGUGAUUAGACCUAGCGACUCUAACGAGAAUUGUCUACAGGUGUUACCGAAUGCUUCAGACUAUUUGGUACCUAACCAUACGGUUCCCACCACUCCGGAUCCGAUAGAAUCAACGUCUUCCGUGGAGAAGUUGAUUCCAGACAGUUCGAACGAUCACUGGGAGACGUCAUUCAUAAUGCCCAACUCUAAAUCGACCCAACCACUUCUAGUUGAUAACAACAAGGAUGAGGAGAAUAAUCAGAGUGUAGAUAAGUUGCUCUCAUUAGACAACGGAGCCACCGGCACCGGUACGGGCCACAACAACAAUUUCAUGGUAAAAAACGUCCCGACUUCGGUGAAAUCGGGGGUUUCCCUCGAUGCAGGCGCGCUUGCCAAAUCGGUGAUGACGCCGAAACAAGCGAAAAGAUACGCCAACAUAGACGAGAACGGCGUAGUCCAAAAUGGCGGCUACGGUAUCAAAUACGUCAGCAAGAGCACUGGCGAGAUCAAUUGUUAGAUGGAGAGAGUACUAAAAAAAUCGGGUCUAGUUGACUGGGUUAUGGUUUAUAUAUAAAAAUGAGAGACAGUAAUGAAGGCAUAUCGAAUUAAAAAAAGACCCCCACUCGCUAAAAAAGACAUUUUAUACAACUUAUAUUAUAUUAUACGACAUAAUUGAAAAAAAGAACUGCAUCUCAGUGGCAUUUGAAAUGACAGUCGAUGAUAACUUCGAUAUAUUAAUUUUUCGAAAAGUUUUUAUGUCACUGUUUUAUUAUCGAUAUGCAGGGAUAUAUAUGCCAAAACAAGCUUUCAAAGGCUACUAUGAUGCUUUCUUCGGGUUCUAUGCUACUUUAUACUUUGUUAGAUACUUGGUUUCAUAGAAGAGUGUGUUAGGAGUAUUACUCUCCUAGAUUACAUAUACUUGCGUGGAUAAAUAAACGCCAUAAGUUUAGCAUUAAGAAAUAUGUCCCCAACAUCACGACAUGCCAUUUUCAAACCUUCUUUAUUGCACUUAUGAAACGUUCAAUAGGUUUGUCUUUCCCGAGGACCUUACUUUGCGCAUGCGCAUUCAUAGUUGCACGUAUUUCUAAAAUAAUCACAAUUUUAUACGGUUUAGAAAGUACUUAUAUUUUAAGUACUUUCUAAUUAGUAUUUGUAAAAUGCAUAUAUUUUUCAAAUAUAAUAAUAUAAAUAUAUUUUUCAAAUAUAUGCAUUUUACAAAUUAAAUUUUUAAAAUUACUGUUCAAAUUUGGCGCGUGGACGAUAGGCCCUCAACAAGGAUAAUAUAGGUUGCACCACUUGUGCAACAAAAAAAGAAGAUAAAUGGAAGUCGUUGAUAUGUUUGCGACAGUUUCCAUGCGACACUUAUCCACGUAAGAAUAAUAUAUGAUCUAGGAUUACUCUUCAUAUUUUCUAUUGUAAAGUACAAGUAAAUGCAAAUAUGUUUUGCUUAAUUAUAGAAAAAAAAUUAGAUAUGUCUAAAGAUCUAAAGAUCCUCACAGACGUUGAGUUUUUUGCACAGGUUGCCUGUAUAGUGUAUAAUAUCUUUACCUUUGUGGCUUGUUCAUUUCUUGAGAAGACUUCUGUGUUUUUGCAGCAGUACAAGUUAAAUUGCGCAAACUGGCCUGGGCAGUCAGCCUGUGCUAAAAAACUGAUCGUCUAUGGGGGCUUUAACAUUAAACAAACAUUUUAUUUGGAAUGUUACAGGCGAUAUUAUCUUUAAUUUAAAUGGUAUAAGCACAGGUAUCUUGUAAGAUUACCAAUUACGAGCGGUAAUCAUAUAUGAGACACGCUUUUAAAAAUACUCAAAAAUAAUUUUACGUAUACUGUGGAGACAUUUCUAUAAGACUUUUUGAUAAAUUUCUGUUUCUAUAGUAGAUACUUCGAUAUAAGGAAAAUUACAUAUGUGAAUGUAAGCAUCAGUAGGAUAUCUCAUCCAUUUUCUUAGAUCUUAAGCUAACAAAUUGAAACCACUAACUGUUAACCUUACUUUUAUUUCACUUUCAAGUUUGAGUUCAUAUGACAAAACAUGUAAUUUUUUUUAAAAAGAGAUGUAAUUCUCUAAGUAGUAGUGUAGGUUACACUUUUAGCAUAAUAGUAAGACAUUUUUGUUAAAAAAAUUGUUUUGCAAAGUUGGUUGGCUAUUUGAUUAGUUUUUACGUAUAAUAUACAAGAAAAAGAAGAUUUUUUACUCAAAAUAGUUCAAAAACAAAAAAUAAAGAGUCAUUGUUUAAGUUCAGACUUUAAAUGAGAGUGCAGGUUAGAUCUUGAAACUAAAAUAACAGACUAAUGUCAUUAGUGUUCACAAUGAACCUUUGAAUAAAAAGAUUAAGGAAGGAGCAUAUCACAACAUCAAACGCUUCGAAGAAUGAUAUGAUUAAAAAUAUACCUAGACUGCUGAAAUUCUUGACAGGUGACAUUAUAAAAGUCUUUAUCAAACAUUAAAACUACAAUAUAAAAACACAAGAGUGUCUAAAAUAUUUGUUUUAUGUAUCGAAAUUGUUCAUAUAUUGUAUUUAUAACUUUUAGCAAAGGCUUGGGCCAUGGAAUGAAGAGGUUGUGGAAGCAGUAUAUCAAAGAACUUGGCGAACUAGUGUUGCCAGAAAUUUGCAAGCGAAUUUCUUUAACGGAGCCUUAAAAAAUCUUCAUAUUCCUUCAACUUCACAAAAAAUUCCAGAUCUUGUGAAAAAUCGCCAAAUUUCGUGUAUUUUACCUACUUUAUAAUUAGGAGAAUUUUUUUAAAAACAUCAUUUCUAGUAAUUUUCGGACACCGAUGUGUUUAAACAAACUUUUUAAUAAAAAAAUAACACGAUCAAAAAUGCUGUGAUAGAUACUCGACAGCAGUAUUAUAAAGUAUGUUUCAAAAUAUUUAUUGCUCACAAUGAUUGCUUGAAUCGAGAAUAAUUAUUAAUCGUGCAAGACACCAUGAUCAGCUGACUUAUUAGAUCCGUUUACCGUUACCGUUUUAGUUAUGGAAUGUGUCUAAUAAGACGUGUUGAAAGAUAGAAAUGUGUCUAUUAAUUUUUUGUUAAAUGUUAAAAUCUUUCGAAUUGUGGACUUUUUGACAGCAACAUUGCUUUAAACUGAGGCAUCCUUAAUUAAACACCGUUAAAGU